AUGCCUAAGGGUAGACAUCUACUUUGCUUGGAGGCCAGCGACUUUUGCAUCCCUCCAUACCCGGCACAUUUCACGGGCUCUCACUCGGGUUGGGAUCAGGACGCUGGAUUGAGCGACGAGCUAGCAGCCAAUGGGGUUACGGCGGAAGAAGUUAUUGAACUCAUAAUCAAACGGAUUGUCAAAUACUACGAGAAAUUAGAAAAAGACGUGUUCUGCAAAAUCAGA